AAAUGCUUAGUUAUCGGUUAUGAUUGGAUAACGUCUGGCCAUGGUCUAAGGAAUUUGGAAAUUGAGUUGUCCUUUCUUGGAGGAGCAUGUGCUGCAAGUCUUAUGAAGAAAAAUUUAUUGUUACCUCCAGUGUCUUCGGAAGAAGUAGAAGAGGACUUGGAAACGAUGCAGGAAACGGCAAAGAGGAUUUUCUCUGUACAUUCGGCUUUACUUGGACGAGGAUUCGCACUUGCGUCACCCCCUACAGUUUCGCAGGCUCUCGACGGCGUGCUCCCGUACAGUUGUCACUCGAACGAGCGUCUCUUCCUGCGCGAUUUCGUCUCCUGCUCAGCUGGCACCAGCGGUGGCAGGCUAGCACGAUGGCUGCAACCGGAUAGCUUCGUCGAUCCCUCCCAAUGUGAGGCGUUAUAUUCUCGUGAAGAAAUGAGAUGCGGAUGGCCGGCCAUCGUCACCGUGCUCACGAGAGAUCAAUACGGCGAAGUCGUGCACGUAUCCGGAUUAAAGAUCGAAGUGAAGGCGGUGCCGAUCGACAAGACAGACAUCACGGAAUCCGAUCAGAGCAGGAAGAUCCGCCGUGUCUCUCAACCGGAUCCCAUGACUUUUGGCGGUCAUCCACAACCAUCCCUGGACGUUUCUUAUGAGGUUACCAUCAACAACAAAAUGUGCUUCUACGCUAUUACCAUCAUGAAAGCCUAUCAGAAUUACUCGUUCGAGGAACUGAGGUUCAUGUCACCUACUGUCAAGAGAUCGAGCGAGAGUAUGCUGGUCAGACCCAACGGAGAUGGCAGUUACAGUGCCACGUGGACACCGGCCUCGGUUGGCUGGUACUCGCUGAUGAUCACGGUGGAUGGUUAUAGCAUGGAAGAUAAUUACAAAGUCGAAGUGAAGGAGCCUCCACAAGGUAUGCAACCGCCCACUCAGAACAUUGUCAAAAAGCCUCAGCUUCAGCCGAGCAGACUCAGGAAAUUCGUCGCGAAGAAUAGCGCGGGCUUGAGAAUACGUGCCCAUCCGUCGCUGCAAAGCGAACAAAUCGGAUUCGUUUCGGUUAAUGGCACUAUAGCUUUCAUCGAUGAGAUCCAUAACGAUGACGGCGUCUGGCUACGUUUAAACGCGGAGACAAUCAAGGAAUAUUGUAACAGUAGUCAUCUCGAAGCCUGGUGCUUGCAGUACAAUCAGCAUUUAGGGAAAACUCUACUUCUAUCAGUAGAAGAGCCAAAGUCUAUUCUAGAUCAAGUUAUUAAGGAAACCAUUCUGCGAAAGCGACCUGACGCUGGUGACGAUAAAAGGAAGACGGUGACUUUUGAUGCCGGAAGAAGUAUGAUAGUUGUGAAAUGUGGCGCUUCCGGGCACAAUAUUAGAAGCAAACCGAGUUUAAAGGGAGCGCCGAUCGGAAUGUUAGCGCUUGGAAAUACAGUGACUAUUCAAGAAUAUUGCGUGAAUCACGAAGGAACUUGGGUGCGUAUCGAUGAAGAUUCAGUGGCGAAAUAUUGUUUUGACAAGAGUCGAAACGUAGAGGCAUGGUCGCUCGCGAUCAACAAACAAACUGGCGUAAUUUAUAUGAAACUCGAGCAAGAUUUAGAAAACGAUCCGAUCGACAAAAAGUCAAUACCGGAUCCCGCCAUUUCACCGAGUUAUAAAGGUUUCGAUUUUUCGGUACCUUCCGUUAGCCACGAGGGCUUCAAUUUUACCACACAAAAUUACACGCCGGAGACGGCCGAGUCUAUUGAGGGGUGUAACACAAAUCCAUUUGUUUUUGGUUCGUACAAUCAACAUGAUUCGCCAGGGAGUGAACGCUUUGUAUCGGAAAAAGCUGAUGGUACUCCAAAAUUUUCGAAGCCUCAUUCGAAAGAAAGAGUAGCUAAAGAGCGAGAAAGGGAAGGGGGCGGAGGAAAAUUUAGCGUUCUUCAGAAAUGGCUGCGAGGUGAUGAUAAAUGUCAUGGAGAGAAAAGAAGUUCUCCGGGCAGAGAUUUUUCCGAAUUCGUUGGCGUAUCUGUGAAGGAGUUGGUAAAAGCGAUGGGGGAAAGCCGCGUUAAUGGCAACGGAGCGACACCGCCGGAAACACCGCGACGUACAUCAAGAAGUUCCUCGCCGAAAAAUCCCCAAGGUGGAUCGCCUAGAUUUCACAGCCCAUCGUCUAGUCCAGUCCCAAUACCUGCUGGGUCCAGUCGACAGCCAGCCGUUUCUGGCAAUUGCCUCUUCCCUCCUGCUGCUAACGCACCAGGUGGGAGAAGCGCGAUAGGAGGGGGAGAGAGUAUGAGUAGCAGCCCUGUACUCUGCGGCUCCCCCCGAAGUGUCGGCCUCUCCCUAUUAGUGUCAGGAGGGAUGAUCGACAGCAUAACGUCGCAACGUCGCGGUUCAACGCAGAGCGACACAAGUGCCUUGGUUAGCAGCUUAACGAGAGAUCCAUCUCAGUCACCGAGCGGUAUCAGUACUACUGCCAAUACGCGUGAUCUAUCACCGAGUCCAAGUUGCAGUUCCCUACACAUGAGAUCCGAAGGCAGCAUAGCUAGUCCACCCGAUACUCCGAAGAAGGAGUGUGCCGAUCCUCAGGAAAGUCCGCGCAAAGUGUCUCAAGCGCAAACGCAGACGAGUCCCGAAAGCGCUGCUACAGCUAUGAAGGGUCACUUCAGCAUUGGUUCUUCCGGAGUAAAGGACGAGCGACACUCGCCGAAAAUGAGUAGAAGGGAUCACAUGAAGGUUGUGAAAACUAGAGCAAAACGCGCCAUGUCGCCCGCCAACGCGCAGCAAAGUCCCAAUCCUAAUCGUGCUCUUAAUUUGAGUAAAGACAAAGUGAAGGAAGCGAUCAGUCCUUCCGUAGCGGAAUGUUUGAGAGCUGUUUUCGCGGCCUUUCUGUGGCACGAGGGGAUCGUGCACGAUGCCAUGGCUUGCGCGAGUUUUCUCAAGUUCCACCCGAGUUUACCGAAACAAGGUGCAUUGGUUGUGACCAGACAUACAGUUGUACAAUCCAGUGACAAACAGCAACAGGAGCAAAAGGCACGACAGAGACAUUCUGUUGAAGUGACAAAUGCCGGCAAUUACUUGCACAUUCAACCUAGCACGUUGGAGACACUCACGCGUUCAGCCGCGAACGCUAAUGCCAAUAGGAGCAGGAAGAAACAGGAGAAUACGAUCAAAGAAGAGAUUCAAGCGGAUUCGGGCAAGCUCAGUUCCCUGCCCGAAUUUCAUACAGUCGCGGUGCUGCCACCCGCGUUGAAGAGCUUGGUUUUUCUGUGGGAAGAACUCAGCACGAAUUGUCUGCAGGCCAUCGAACAACAGUCAAUUUUACCUAGUCCUAUAUCGCAGAUACAGACGAUGAAGCUGGUGAAACGACCGAUACCAGAGAAACGUCCCAGAGAGGAUAAAGUGAAGGAACGUGAAAAGAAGAGUAAUCGGAAAAAGAAGGAAUGGAAACCCAUUGGUAGAGCGAAUGCAUCUGAAGUUUUGACGGGAAUCGAGCGCGAGACUAUCUGCGAACUUUGUGGCCUGAUGUUUCCACAUCCAGUAACUUAUCAUAUGAAAAUGAUGCAUCCUGGUUGCGGUUGGCAUGCGGGCGGAAAAGGAUAUAACAGCGGUGGAAACUAUUGCGUAGGGUGGGCAGGCAACUGCGGAGAUGGCGGCGUCGGUGGUAGUUCGUGGUACUUGAUCUGCGACACAUGUAGAGAUAAGUAUUUGAAGGCCAGAAAGAGCAAGUUUGCGAAGAAAUUGGUAAGCGGGAUUUCCAAGAGAAAAAACGGUACGAGCAAAACUCUAUCUCCGAUUAAUAGUCCCAGUGGAAAUGAAACUCAUAUUAUCAUGAAAAACAAUGCGAUGUUUUUGCUGGAUUUGGCUAGCGCUUCUGGCUUUAAUAUCCCGAAACAGCAGAGACGACCUUCGCAGACUUUAUCGUCUGUAGCAGAAAAUUAUAGUCCUCCAGAGGCCGCCGGACCAUUUCCGCCAACUGGACCAUUCCAGUGUUUGCAAGCAUUAGGUGUUCAUCACUCACAAAGUCACGACGAAAGAUAUUACGAAGAAACUCUAAGACGUGAAAAUGGACAACAAAAUAAUUAUGAAGGAAGCAGUAGCGCAUUCAAUAACGCGAAUGGCAGGCCUCUGUCGGAGUAUCCAAUGAGUGACAGUGAUAAUGAAAGCAGCAAAAAUCGUAGCACGUUCCAUAGAUCGGUAUCUAUGUCUACCGGUGCACCUUGGGCUAGAAACAGUAAUGAUGGCAGAGUGGUUAUGAUGAGAAAACGUAACAAUAGCAGUAGCGAAAUGAAUAACGAAGCCGGAUCUUCCCUUUUAUGUUAUCCAUCUGCUGCACUGCAGAAAUUAGUACCAUCGAUGGAUCAAUCCGCCAUAGUAUCCACUAGUCAAACCGAAGUAGCGAGUAACGAUCGAAUUGAGAUUCUCAUGAGACCUGUGAUGUUAUUCGUUCUUCAACAACACAACUUACAACAUUUACAACUUGCGAUGAAGCAAGCAUUGCGCCGCGCCGCUUGUCGAGUUUACGCGAUGCAGGCGUUAAAUUGGCUUUUAAGAAGCGUAACACAACCAAUUUGUUUACACGACUUACUGUGGUGGUUCGUCUCGUCUCUUACGCCGAUUGUUCCUUCUGACAAUACAGACGCGAAUGAUGAUGAUAAUAAAACAGAAAAGAAAGAAGAUCAUGAUACGAUCGGUAUCAGUGAGCAUCCUUUGUGUGAUUUAGUGAUAGCUGGAGAAUCUGUCAAUCCAUUACCUUCUGUAUUUCACACUUUAUUGCAAACAAUUGCGGACUUAAUGCUAUUGCCACCACUUGGAUCUCCGUUACAACAAGCUGCAAUUCGAUGCUGGGGUAUUCGAUUCACACCAGCAGAUCAUAUGUUUCUGCAUAGAAGUCACGUAUUUAGUAAUAUUAGCAAAAUUCUUUCACGUUCCGAAGAAGAAGAAGAUGUGACAAUGAGUAUGCAUGAGAGUCAUCAAUCGACAACUUCGCAACAGAUAAGCAGUUGUGUGGAAGCUUUAAAGGAUUUGACGUCUAGCGUCGAGAUUAAAGCUUCCAGUCGCCAAGCUAUGAUUGGUAGUUUAACUGACAAUUCGACAGAAACAUUUUGGGAAUCCGGAGAUGAAGAUCGUAACAAAACUAAAGUGAUUACUAUUAUCUGUGGCGCUCAUGCCUUGCCUAGAAUGUUGUACGUACAUAUCGAUAAUUGCCGCGAUUUAACACACAAAGUGUCAAGCGUAACUUUCCUAUCUGGUAUUAACGCCGAUGAGAUGACAAAGCUAAGAUCAGUAGAGAUUGAGAGCAGAUCUGCUGGAUGGAUUAAUUGUCCAAUCACUGAUCAACGUCAUAUAGUCGUAGGUAUGGAAUUGAAGGGUCCAGAUAAUUCUUUGAGAGUUCGUCAAAUCAGAGUACUUGGUGAGAUCGAAGGAGGAUCUUUAAAAAUAGGAAAACAAUUAAGCGCACAGACUAUUCAGCAAAGAAAUUGCGAGGCAGAAACUUUGAAAGUGUUUCGUCUAAUCACUUCUCAAGUAUUUGGCAAACUUAUACAAGGGGAAAAGCAACAACAGACGGAAUUGACAGAAGGUGUUAACGAAGAUUUAGAGGACAGUAAUGAUCUCCGAGAACAUAUGGUCGGAAUAUUAUUUAGCAGAAGUAACUUAACACACUUACAAAAACAAGUGUGUACUCAUAUCGUGCAAGCGAUUAGAAAAGAGACUAUUCGUUUGAGAGAAGAAUGGGAGACGCUUUUGUGUUCACCGACACCUGUUAAUAGUCUGUUAAGCGACAACAGCGAUUUACCAAAAGCGGCUGAUACUUAUUGCUUCGAAAUGCUUUCAAUGGUUCUUGCUUUAAGCGGAAGUUCUGUAGGACAAUAUUAUUUAUCACACCAGACAGGCUUACUAAAGGAUUUACUAAGUUUAUUGCAUACAGGAUCAGCAAGGGUGCAGCGUCAGGUAACAUCUCUUCUAAGACGUAUAUUACCCGAAAUUAAACCCGAAACAUUAGCAAGCGUUACAAACGUUGAACGAUUACCACCUACCGACUUCAGUAUCGUAUCCGCGGCGAAUAGCGGCUUCACUCACGUUUCGGACUUCAAUGAACAUUCUGCCGGGAUUCUCGACGUAUUUUUAAGCUGUAUCGCGAAAGCAUUGACGGUGCAAGUUAAAGUAAAAGGGAAAGAAAAUGGUAAAGCGCUUCAAUGCGUUUCAUUAGCUACCAGCAUUCACCCAAAAAGUUAUGUUGGAACGAGAUGGUGGUUGAGAGGUUGUAUGACGCGUAAACUGGCAGAAGUGAUAAUCCAACUUUUGAAGGACAUGGCAUCGGGCAAGUUGUCGGAGGAAUGGGCAUCUAUAACGAAAGCGGCUGUAGCCGAGAAUAUUUUAAAUUUAACUAGAUUGGACGAAAAAAGUCGCGAUCCUACAGAAUGUCUUCGAUCUCCGACACUGUGGUUAGCUCUCGCUUCUUUAUGCGUUUUGGAUUCGGAUCACGUUGAAAGAUUGUCAUCUGGUCAAUGGAGCGGUUCUGAAGGACAACCCUUACCACCUAGACCAAAGUGUAGUAAUCACGAUGACGACGAGACCACGGCCAUUAUUCAAUGUAACGCUUGCGGUAAUUUGUGCGCGGAAUGCGACAAAAUUUUACAUCUUCAUAGAAGAACCAGAACGCAUAUCAGACAAGUGUGCAAAGAAGAAGAGGAAGCGAUACGAGUGGAUCUUCACGAAGGUUGCGGUAGAACGAAACUCUUUUGGAUCUUGGCUCUGGCAGACAGCAGAACAUUGAAGGCACUGGUAGAAUUUCGCGACGGUUCGCCGAGAAAACCCGUUGGUGCUACUACUGGUAUUUGCCGAUUUUGCGGCACCACGGGAAAUACGGGCUUGCUAGCGAUAGGCAACAUUUGCGCCGAUCACGAUUGUCAGGAACACUCGAAGAAUGCUUGUAACAAGGUUCACACUUGCGGUCACAUUUGCGGGGGUGUUAGAAACGAGAGAACUUGCUUACCUUGCUUGCAUCGUUGCUUACCGGGAACGGAUUUAAAACAGGACGCUGAUGACAUGUGCAUGAUCUGCUUCACUGAGGCCUUGUCCUGUGCGCCGGCGAUUCAGUUGCAGUGCGGUCACGUGUUCCACCUGCAUUGUUGCCGACACGUCCUGAUGAAGCGCUGGGUGGGACCUCGGAUCACCUUCGGUUUCUCUCUCUGCCCGAUCUGCAAAGUACCGAUGGAUCAUCCAACAUUGUCUGAGCAGUUAGCAAGCGUGAAAGAGCUCUAUGAGGAUGUACGAAGGAAGGCUCUAAUGCGCUUGGAAUACGAAGGCUUGCACAAGGCCGAAGGAGUUUUUGCACCCGGUGGUCGUUAUCAGGACUCCGCUGCUUACGCGAUGGAACGAUACGCGUACUACGUAUGUUACAAAUGUCAGAAGGCUUAUUAUGGUGGUGAGGCGCGUUGUGAUGCACAACUAGGCGGAGAGUCGUUUGACCCUGCAGAACUAGUGUGCGGUGGCUGUAGCGACGUGGCAAGGGCGCAGAUGUGUCCGAAGCACGGAGCGGACUUCCUCGAGUAUAAAUGUCGGUACUGCUGUUCGGUGGCAGUCUUCUUCUGCUUCGGAACCACGCAUUUCUGCAAACCCUGUCACGACGACUUUCAGCGUGUUACUACCAUCCCGAAGAGCGAAUUGCCUAUAUGCCCCGCCGGCCCCAAAGCUAAGCAAUUAGAGGGAGACGAAUGUCCAUUACACGUGAAGCAUCCACCGACUGGAGAAGAGUUCGCUCUAGGUUGCGGCAUUUGUCGCAACGCACAUACAUUCUAAGCUUCCAAUGCUGUCUUGUGAUUUUUAAUGAAAUCGGAAUUGACGCAGUUUAUAGCAAAAUAUAAGAAUGAAUUCGUGAUUACGAGUUUGUGAUGCGAAGAGAGAAGUAUACUUGUUAAGUAAUGGAUAAGUCGUUUUUAUCAGUAAUUUUAAUAUUUAGAUCCCGAGAAAAAGGUUCGUCAACUUGCUUAUCAUACUUCUAUACAUGGAUGAAAGGAAAAUAAUUUCAUGCAGUAUGUAACAGAUAGAAGAAAAAGAUAUUCAUAAUAUGUAGCUUAAGCAUUUUGACAUACUAUAAUGCUCUCUAUCAUUUAUAUAAGAAAUGAUUGACAUUUGAGUAUCAAUAAGUAAUACACAAGUUUAUUAUAUGUGACGAAAGUGUAUAUUUACGACAGUACACUAAAUUAUCGUAAAUAUCAUUUAGAUAUUAGAAAUAUAUGAAAAAGAUGAUAUAUGUAUAU